GAUUAGGACAUUGGCGUUUUCACUUAGGUGAAAGUUUCAUAUUAACAGAUGAAAAUCUUAAUCAUUAUUAAAUUGUGACAGUUACUUUGAUUUAACUGUAAAUUGAUUACAAAUCAAGUAGAUUGAUUAAAAUAGUAACUAAUGUUAAUCAAGUUAUUGAUUCAGUUAUUAAUAUUUCUGUUAAAACACUCAGAUUUGAGCCUGAUUGUAAAUGCAAAUUCAAAUUUGAUUUUUAUUCCAAUCAUGAAAUUGAAUCGGACAGUUUAUGUUCAGCUCAUUGAUUUUUCUAUUAUCUGAUUCGUUUAAAUUUAACAAUUAAUUUAUAUUCUCGUGAUUAUAUUGAUUCAUAUGAUUGGAAAUCAUUCAGAACUCUGCUGAGUUUAUUCAUAGAAACAUGUAGGUUACAUGUCGAUCAUUUUAAAUUAAUUAUCUUUCUGAUUGAAAGGAAAGAAAACUUUUCUUCGAUUUUCAUAAAUGAUCAAUUUUCUACAAGUUGAUUUUCGACGAUAACAAUUGAUUGACCAAAGCGAUCGAUGAGUUGUGAGAAAAUUAACUGAUCAGCAAAAAGUUCUAGACUAAAUUAUCGGACGAUCAAUAAGCUAUAAACUAUUCUUAAUAUUAUUAUCCAGUUCGUUCAUUUUACCAUUUCAAUCGAUAUUCAUUUAGAAUUGUUAAAAUCGUUAGUUAUUGUUAAGAAUUAAUAGUGAGUAGGUUAACUUUGGUUUAAUUGUUUCGAUGAAAAUGAAGUCCUUUUUAAUGGUUUCGAUAAUCAUUAUCCAAUCUAAUUUGAUCAUCAGUGAGUUCAAUAAAAGUAGCGCUGGUCCAAUCGUUGGACUUGAUUCAGGUUUGAUUCAAGGAAAGUCGAAAAUGUUUCGUGGUAUUGAGGUUUAUCAGUUUCUUUGUAUUCCCUAUGGUGAACCUCCAAUUGGUGUGAAUCGAUUCAAAAGGUCAGUCCCUAAAUCGACUUGGACUGGUGUUUUGUCUACUCGUGAAUGGGGUCCCUAUUGCGUCCAAUCGACACUGACCAGUGACAUUAAGGUGUCAGAGGAUUGUUUGUCUCUAAAUGUUUUUACAACUUCGAUCGCUGUUGAUGAUGUUCAAAAGGGUGACAAGCAACAACUUCGACCCGUCAUGGUUUGGAUCCAUGGGGGAGCAUUUCGUCUUGGUUCAGCUCAUAUGGCCUCUCUUUUCGAUGGAACCGCUUUAGCGGCUUUGGAGGAUGUGGUUAUUGUAACGAUCAACUAUCGUCUUGGUGUCUUUGGUUUCUUGUACUUACCCGAUUCCGAAAUUCCCGGUAACAUGGGACUUUGGGAUCAGAAUUUAGCACUCAAAUGGGUCCAAAGUAAUAUCAUUCAUUUUGGCGGUAAUCCCGAUCGGGUGACGAUAUUUGGUGAAUCAGCGGGCUCCUUGUCCGUUUCUGCUCACAUUGUAUCACCACAAUCGGAGGGCUUAUUUGCCAAUGCAAUCAUGCAAAGCGGGGCAAUUUAUGGUCUACACUUGUUGUCACCCAAAAACACCACUGAAUCAUUUCUGAAACAAAUUAAUUGUUCAUCAAUUGACCAGAAACUUUGUCUCUCAUCAUUUAAAUUUCAUGAUCACCCGGAGGUGGAAUCUAUAGAUUUCUGGCCAAUUUACGGCGAUGAUUUUUUACCCGUUCUACCUGAAGAUGUUGUCUCAUCAUCGGGUGUAGCCAAUGAUCUGAAUCUAUUGAUUGGGACAGUUGGAUACGAAGGAGCGUUAAUGUUGGUUUGCAAAGAUCCAAUUACUUUCGAUCCCGCUAAUCCGAUUGAGUUAAAUGUUUCCAAUGUUAGAGGUAUCAUAAGUUACCUAUUUGGUUCAUCGUCAGUUGAUUAUUUUACUGACAAAUAUAAUAUAAGUUCAUUAGGUAACAAUUCAGAUGAACUUAGACUCCAAUUAGCUAAGCUGGUCGGUGAUGUUAUCCUUACCUGUCCAACUUAUAUCUUUGCCCGUGACCUGGUCAAGCAAAAUAAUAUCAACAAUGUUUACGGCUACUAUCAAAGUCAACGUCCAUCCAGAUCACCAUUUUCUUUUAUGAAUGAAAAUAAAUGGGUACCGGUAACUCACUCAGAUGAUAUUCUAUUUGUUUUUGGCUAUCCCUUGAUGGAAGAUGAAAAAUAUCCCAAUGAAGAUUUGAUUCUAUCUUCAAUGAUGAUCAAUAUAUGGACAACAUUUGCCAAAACCGGUAAACCUCCACCGAUUGGUCCAUUUAAAUGGUCAAACUGGACAAUGAAUUCUAAUAAAACUGUCACCCCAUUUAUAAUGGAAUUGAAUUCUAAAAAAGUUAAUCUCAAUGACGAAAAUGUUGCAAGUUCUUGUUUCGAUAAGUGGCCAUUUCCAUUGGAAAAAUCAUACAAUCUUCAAAUAGAAUUCGGUAAAUUGUCCCAACUUUCUGGCUGAAAAUCAUCAAUUGUUACAGUUAAUUUCUGGUUAAUAUUUAUGUUCCUAACCAAUAGAUGGCUGUUCUGAUCAACCAAUAUUUGAUUGUGACAAUUAAACACGAUCGAUAAGCUUG